UAACGCGGAAAUUAAUUCGUGGUUAGUGUCAUAUAAUCUUAUCGCUUACACACACUUAAAACUGAGUAGGCCAUGUGAUUAGUGAAGAUAAUUCAUAAUUAAUUAUCGACAAAUUAGAAAAAUGGGAUCCAGUUCCACUGAAUCAGAAACUUUCUGGAGACUCUGCAAUAUUCAUCUUCUCUUUCAGCUACACCGGACCACUUGAAAGCUGAAUCAGGUCCACUAUUACUUGCUUUCUAAAUUCAUCUGUAUGGCCAACAAUGGUGUAAAGGAGCCCUUGCUGUCAGACUCACUGGAUCCGGCAGCUCGAAAGGCUUUAAGACAGUUAAACAAGAGAAGGUUCCGCCGUUGUAGAAGUGCUCCUCCCACAGAUCUUGAUAUUCCUGAGACAAAUGGCAAUAUAUCCACUCCCCGUUCUGAGUCCAUAUUUGGGAAUAUACAUCCAAGCUUUAAAGAAGUGGCAACAUGCCUUGCAGUCUAUUUAGGUGUAGGUGUUAUAAUCUUCUACCUUUGCAGGGACCAGAUCAAGGGGCAGAAAACAGACAGAAUUCUUGAUGCUUUAUACUUUACAAUCGUGACAAUGACCACUGUUGGAUACGGAGAUCUUGUGCCAAAUAGUGACCUUACAAAACUACUCGCCUGUGCUUUUGUUUUCUCUGGAAUGGCAGUGGGUGCACUAAUCCUAAGCAAAGCAGCAGACUUCUUGGUUGAGAAACAGGAAGUUUUGCUAGUUAAAGCUAUGCAUAUGCACAUGCGCCAAAAAGUUGGUCCAGCUGAAAUUUUAAAGGAGAUUGAGAUCAAUAAAACAAGAUACAAACUUUUUCUGGUCUUUUUCCUUCUUUUGAUUAUCAUUAUUUUGGGGACAAUUUUCUUGGUCACGGUUGAGAAAUUGGAAAUUAUAGAUGCCUUCUACUGUGUUUGUUCUACAAUUACAACCCUGGGUUAUGGGGAUAAAAGUUUCUCAACUCAAGCAGGAAGAAUAUUUGCCCUUUUUUGGAUAUUAACAGGUACUGUUUGUGUAGCUCAGUUUUUCCUCUACAUUGCUGAGCUAAGCACUGAAAGCAGACAAAAGGCACUCGUCAAGUGGGUUCUUACAAGGAAGAUGACCAAUUUAGAUUUGGAGGCUGCAGAUCUUGAUGACGAUGGGAGUGUUGGGGCUACUGAAUUCAUUAUUUAUAAGCUGAAAGAGAUGGGGAAGAUUAGUCAAGAAGAUAUAUCACUUGUGAUGAAGGAGUUUGAAGAGCUUGACGUUGAUCAGUCUGGUACACUUUCAAGUUCUGAUAUAACACUUGCUCAGUCAUCUUAGACUAACACAAUAUAUAGUAUAGUACAUACACUAAGUUGUUAUAGAGUGAUUCGCCUUUUUCACUUCAAUGACGAAAUGCACAUCAGAGUUUUGAAGAGGAUGGAAAGUGAAAUUUCUUGAAAGGGUGGGCGUUUAUUGGUCAGUGGCAUUUUUAAUUUUAAUUGCUCGCACCAUGUAGUUUGAAGCUUUCGAGAAGUGUAAUGCAAGCGAUGAUAAUUGUGCCAGUGUGGUAGACUUUUUUUGUUAUGAAUAUAAAAUAAG